GCGGCGGUGGGGACGGUUGGGGGGCUGCUGGAGAGGGUGGAUGUGAUCAUUGUGGAGUCCGAGGCGCGGCCGCCGGCAGAUCACCGGUCGGGGGCGGUGUAUGGGAUGCUCUACCAGCGGCUGGGGUUCCUGGGUUUCCUGCACCAGCCGUGGGGCCCCGCGGGGCUGCGGCUGGGCUGGGCGCGGCAGCCGGCCGGCCGCGCGGCGGCGCGGGCGGCGGUGGCGGCGGCGAGCUGA